GUUACGACUACUGAGAAUCACGUGACAGUGUCAUUGAGGCGGAAAUGAAAGUUAACUAGCGAUACCAGUGGACCACAGCUGAAAAAGAUUCCUCAAUGUCUGUCUGUCUCAGGCUGUGAUGUCAUGGCAGCUGCCAGUGUGACCAGACCUGGCCAUAGCCAGACCACAGAGAAGUCCCAGUUGACCUUGAAAGUGGUCUCAGCUAAGCCACAGUCUCCCAAGCUGCCCAGUCGUCACUCCAGACUCAGCUCGUUCGUGGAGGUGACGGCAGAUGGCCUGACCAGUGAGACCAAGAAAACAGGAAAACGCAGCGGGCACCUGGAGUUGCAGUGGAACGAGGACCUUACCCUGAACGUGACUCCUCAGAGCCGUCUGGACCUGAAGCUGUGGAGCUGCCACACACUGAGGAAGGAACUGCUGGGCAGCGCAACCAUUGACCUCCUGGACACCCUCAGGACACAUCACGGCAAGAUGGAGAAUCUGCAGCUCAGUCUGGUCUUGCAGACAGAGAACAAAGGCUCGGUUGUAGCGGGAGGCGAGCUCAACGUCUGUCUGGACGGCAUGGCUGUUGAUCUGGGAUCUCUGCCCAAUGGCAGCACGGCAACAGACAAGAUGCUGCAGUCGGAUCGGCCUGACCUGAGGAGAACCCAGAGUGAGGAGACCCCCAGCGCUGCUGGUCCCCGUGGCAGGACUCACAGACACUCCCCCGGGGGCUCCAGGGGGGGCUCCCUGACUAACGGGGAUCUGACUGAGGACCAGAGCCCAGGGUCCUCAGGACGGCAUCGCUCGUCCAAGAACUCCCACAGCAGCCCCGGAAGUGCAGGUAUAGUGGAACUGACAGCCAAUGGAAUGGAGAACGGCCAAGGCGACCCCAGCCAUCACCCCCCUCCUCCUCCAGCCUGCCCAGCGUUGCUCCCCGCCGUCCCCAGCAGCAGCCCCCCUCCUGGGCCGGACGCCUCCGGGCCUGCCCCCCCCCCUCCCGCCGCAGAUGCAGGCCCUGCUGGAGCCAACCCAGACCAGCCCAACGCCCCCACGGAGCCCCCCACAGAGUCUCUGCCGGCUGGCUGGGAGCAGCGUGUGCUGCCUCACGGCAGGCUGUACUAUGUGGACCACAACACCAAGACUACCACCUGGGAGAGACCGCUGCCUCCUGGCUGGGAGAAGCGCGUGGAUCAGAGAGGCAGGUUCUACUACGUGGACCACAACACCAGAACCACCACCUGGCAGCGUCCCACGGCCGAGUCGGUGCGGAACUACGAGCAGUGGCAGAGCCAGCGGAACCAGCUGCAAGGGGCCAUGCACCAGUUCAGCCAGCGCUUCCUCUACCAGCCCACUGGAGCGCCCGUGGAAAAUGACCCUCUGGGAGCUCUGCCUCCAGGCUGGGAGAAAAGGCAGGACAACGGCAGAGUGUAUUUUGUCAACCACAACACGCGAACCACGCAAUGGGAAGAUCCAAGAACCCAAGGGAUGAUCCAGGAACCCCCCCUGCCCCCAGGCUGGGAGAUGAAGUACACCGCCGAGGGAGUCCCAUAUUUUGUGGAUCACAACUCACGCACCACCAGCUUUAAAGACCCGCGUCCCGGGUUUGAGGCAGGGUCAAGGCAGGGUGGAUCCCCAGGCGCCUACGAUCGCAGCUUCAGGUGGAAAUACCACCAGUUCCGUUUCCUGUGCCACUCCAACGCCUUGCCCAGUCAUGUGAAGAUCUCAGUCUCCAGACAGACACUGUUUGAGGACUCCUUUCAGCAGAUUAUGAAUGUGAAGGCAUACGAUCUGCGCAGGAGACUUUAUAUCAUCAUGCGAGGGGAGGAGGGGCUUGAUUAUGGCGGCAUAGCCAGGGAAUGGUUCUUCCUGUUGUCCCAUGAGGUUCUGAACCCCAUGUACUGUCUGUUUGAAUACGCCGGCAAGAACAACUACUGCCUCCAGAUUAACCCCGCCUCCUCCAUCAAUCCUGACCAUCUCACAUACUUCCGCUUCAUUGGACGCUUUAUCGCCAUGGCUCUGUACCAUGGCAAGUUUAUCGACACAGGCUUCACUCUGCCCUUCUAUAAACGCAUGCUGAACAAGAAGCCCACUCUUAAGGACCUGGAGUCCAUCGACCCAGAGUUCUACAACUCCAUCAUGUGGGUCAAGGAGAACAGCCUGGAGGAGUGCGGCGUGGAGCUGUAUUUUGCCCAGGACAUGGAGAUCCUGGGCAAGGUGUCCACGCACCAGCUGAAGGACGACGGGGAGGACGAGCUGGUGACCCAGGACAACAAGGACGAGUACAUCAGCCUGCUGACUGACUGGCGCUUCACACGAGGGGUGGAGGAGCAGACCAAAGCUUUCCUGGACGGCUUCAACGAGGUGGUGCCCCUGGAGUGGCUUCGCUAUUUCGACGAGAAGGAGCUGGAGCUGAUGCUGUGUGGGAUGCAGGAGAUUGACCUGAGUGACUGGCAGAAGAACACUAUCUACAGACACUACACUAAGAACAGCAAGCAGAUCCACUGGUUCUGGCAGGUAGUGAAGGAGAUGGACAAUGAGAAAAGGAUUCGUCUCCUCCAGUUCGUCACAGGGACCUGUCGCCUGCCUGUAGGCGGCUUUGCUGAGCUGAUAGGGAGCAAUGGACCCCAGAAGUUCUGUAUAGACAAGGUGGGGAAGGAGACAUGGCUUCCAAGAAGCCACACCUGCUUCAACCGUCUGGACCUGCCUCCCUACAGGAGCCUGGAGCAGCUCCGAGAGAAGCUGCUGUUUGCCAUUGAGGAGACGGAGGGGUUCGGACAGGAAUAAGGGAGAGAGAAGAGAGUGGGGGUUUCCAGUUAGGAGUGAGGGAAGAGUCAUUUAUGCAGACAGGUUAUUUUUUUCUCCCCCUAUUUCUUUUUGUUAAUCACAGUGAAUAAUAUGAACUCUCCCGUCAUCUGUCCUUCUGAAUCUUGAAUCUCCUGCUGCAGACAGGGGGCUAUUUCUCUUCAUAGCAGGCCAGGGUGGGGUGGGGUGGGGACUCUUGUUCCAGCUUAGCACAGACACAGCUGAUUCAGCCACAAUCCUGAUUCGGGACCCUGCUUGUAGUCAAAUCAAACCAUUCAAUAUUUUACUAAAUGUGGUCAAAUUCCUGUUUUACUCAGAUUCUCUUCUCGAAAAUCCUGUUCUAAUCAUGGCACAGAGACUUGUCAUUAUUUGGGUGCGUUGCGUGUGUGUGCGUGUACGUGCGUGCGCGUGUGUGUGUGUGGGGGGCCAGCUGCUCCAUCAUGUCUCCAGGACUGUAACUCAAGAGACCUGCAGCUGAGGCUGGGAGAGGGAUGAAAGGGAACAAAGUGUGUGUGUGUGUGUGUGUGUGUGUGCGUGUGCGUGCGUGCGUGGGGCCAGCUGCUCCAUCAUGUCUCCAGGACUGUAACUCAAGAGACCUGCAGCUGAGGCUGGGAGAGGGAUGAAAGGGAACAAAGUGUGUGUGUGUAUGUGUGCAUACGUGUUGGGGUGGGGGGUCGUUAGUGUGCAAGUGCACUUGAGUGUGAUGGUGUGGUCGCAACAGCUAAGUAUUAUGUUCACCCAGAAUCUCGCCUAUUACAUGGCACGCAGCAGAAACAGAGAACAGGACACAACUUCAGUAAUAAAAAAUCACCUGCAAAUUGCAAGGACAGCACAGCUACAGCAAAUAUAUCAUAUCUGUCGAAGAGAAAUGAACAUUUUAAGAUGAAUGAUAAGACGUGAGUGAGUGAGUGAGAGGAGCAGUUUCAGUAACUUGUAUCCUCUGGAACAGAGGCUAGAAUGAUGAGAUGUGAUGAUUAUUUUCUUUUUUGUUAAUAGUGAAAUUCAGCUGUUUUCCUGUACAUAGCUCAAAUAAAUGAGACUCCAAUCUUGAAAAAA